GGGAAUGAGUUAUCUGACAAAUUUAGAUUUUGCAAACUUGUGCAUUGAUGAGACAGCUAUUGAAAUACAUUUCAAAGAAAGAUUUUCAACACACAACUGUGUCAUUUCCUUUCCUUGUGGGCCAGAUGCUGAAAUACUAUGCGAUAAAGAUUUUAGGUUUCAAUUGUAAAGAGAGGGAAGUGCAUAAAUCAGUGCGGACUUCUUUACCAACAAUGACAAAAGAGUCUACAGAGCAACAGAGACUCUGCCCUGAUGAACCAGAGGACACGGACAACUACUCAGAAUCUGUGAAAUUUGAUGCUCGCUCAAUGACUGCAUUGCUUCCUCCCAAUCCUAAAAAUGGGUCUUCAUAUCAGGAGAAGCUGAAGUCCUUCAAAAAUGCUCUAGUUGCCCUCUACCUUCUUGUGUUUGCCGUUCUCAUACCGCUCAUUGGGAUAGUAGCAGCUCAGUUUAUCAAUUGGGAAAUGAAGAACUGCUUAGUUGCUUCAACUAACACAAGUGAUACAUCUCAAAGUUUGGUUGGAAAAGAAAACACCACUAAUGCUGAGAUGAGACUUACAGCUGUUGUGGAACACAUGAAAGACAUGGAGGAGAGAAUCCAAAGCAUGGCAGACUCAAAGGACAACCUCAUAGAUGCACAACGCUUCCAGAAUUUUAGUAUGAUAACUGACCAAAGACUUAAUGAUGUUCUGCAGCAGUUAAGUUCCUUGAUUGGAUCAGUCCAGGAGCAUGGGAAUUCACUAGAUGAGAUUUCCAAGUCCUUGAUGAGUCUCAAUACUACACUGCUUGAUGUCCAGCUCCAUUCAGAAACACUGAACUGCAAAGUCAACGAAUCUACGGUGAAGCAACACGAGGACAUCAGUAAGUUAGAGGAGCAUGUGCAGAAACUCUCAGCAGAAAUCCAGUCUGUAAAAGAAGAACAAGAACAUGUGGAACAGGAAAUAAAAGAGGAAAUGAAAGUAUUGAAUAACAUCACUAAUGACCUCAGGCUGAAGGACUGGGAACACUCGCAGACACUGAAAAAUAUCACCUUAAUUCAAGGGCCUCCUGGACGCCCAGGAGAAAAGGGAGACAGAGGGCUCACUGGAGAAAGUGGUCGACCUGGUGUUCCAGGCUUAAUAGGUCUUCCUGGCCUUAAAGGUGACCGGGGGCCAGCUGGCUUCCCUGGAAAUCGAGGAUAUCCAGGGUCACCUGGAAAGGCUGGGAGAUCAGGAUACCCUGGACCAAAAGGUCAAAAAGGAGAAAAGGGGAGUGCAGGCAUAUCAAGAUCAGUAUAACCACCUGAUCAUACUGGGGCAGGACCGUUUUAAGAUCAGGUGGGUUGGGCAGAGCCCUCUGCUAUCAUCUCCUUAAAAGGCCUUUCGCCUUUGGACAAGCCUUCAGCACAACUGACUUCUGGGAUCUUUAUGCAACUCCUCCAAAUGACCUUGGUUCCUGUGUCAUGUCAUGCCUGGCUUCUCCAUGACUUCUCCCAACUCUGGGUGCUGUUCAGGCCCCAGUGUCAUAUGUUCACCAUCAUGAACUCUGCUACAAUGAGCCCUGCCCCAUGACAUUGUUCACCCUUCACCCUUCACAUGCUGACUAAUGAGAUGUCCCUUCCUCCUGCAGACCUUCUCUCACCUAAUCUUAUGGAAUCCAAUUUAAUCCAUUGGUUUCUAGGAGAAACUUCAUGGACCUUGACUAAAUAUAGAUUUGUUAAGCUCAAGACAUUAUUCUCAAAUAGAAAUAUGGAUGGAAUAAAAGGAAAUCUAGCCAUCCAUUCAUUCACUCAUUCAUUAUGUAUGUUUUGGAACCAGAUAUAACAAUAAAUAUUUUCCCUAACUUUAUAGCUAUACCAGUUAUAAACAAACCAGAGAAAACUGGUAUGGGGAAAGAAUAGGACUGUAGGGCUAUAUAGAUAUUGAGAGGAGAUAAAUAAUCUUCAUCCCUUUGUAUAUUGAAGAUAACUUUAUUUGUAUUGUUUCCCUUUCCUACCUUCUUAUUCUCCAAAUCAAAUCAUAUGUAUGUGAGAGAGAGAGAAACAGAGAGAGAGCAGAACUUUAAUAAUGUCUUCAAAACAUUUGAAUAAGAACCGAAUUUAACUUCAUUAAUUGGCUAUUCAUUUCAUACAAAAACAUUUUGAUGAUGAAAAUCAAUGUUUGAUUUUAAUCUAGAAAGCUAUUUACCUUUGUUUGCAUUUUAUGUUUUAAAUAUAUGUAUAAAUACACAUAGCUAUCUAUAUAUACAUAUAUAUAUAUUUGAAAAUAAAUAUUGAAAUAGAAAUGGAGAUAUUUUGUAUAAAUUAUAAAAGAAAAAUGAAAUACAAGAGAAGAAAAGAAAAUGCAGGAAUAAUAAAGAUGCAAGAUGCCAUGUUGUUUUCAUGUUGUUUCCUCUCUGUGAGCUAACAGAGCAUAAGUCUCAGGAUUUUACUUUCCUUUUUGUUUUAACAGUAAGCUCUAAGAUAGAAGCAGAAUUCUAAUGCCUGUGUGUAUCUCACUUUUUCUCUUUUCUGCUCUGCUAAAUGAUGUCCUUUCCUACCUCACAGGGUUGUUGUGGGGACCAAAUUGUGUGUGUGAAGAUGUUCUGAAACUCAUAAAGAUCUUUAAAGUUA